AUGGCUGGGAGCAAAAGGAAGCUCAACAGGCCAGAGCCCACCAACGGCCUCGAGGCAAAGAAGCAGAAGACGACCUUGACAGUGGAAGAUGCAAAGGCAUAUUUCGACCAGCACAACAUCAAGGUCCACAUCCCUGAGGGCAAGGACAUCGACAUCACCCCGCUGGCCGGGUUUCACUUCCAGGGCUUCGCAAAACGCCUGAUCAGGUAUUGCCAGAGCAAGUUCGAGAGCCCCACGCCCAUCCAAGCUUGCGCCUGGCCCCUGAUCAUGCAGAGAAGCGACGUGUGUGGCAUUGCAAAGACCGGAAGCGGCAAGACGUUGGCCUUUGCCCUUCCGUACUUGAGCAUGUCGAGGCUCGGGCAGCUGGACGUCUUUGAGCAGCCCUGCGCUUCCCCACGCUUUGUUGCAAUGGCGCCAACCAGGGAACUGGCAAUGCAGAUUGCAGAGGUUUGCACUGACCUGGUGAAGGCUUUGACAGCAGGGGAAGAGGGGCUCUAUCCAGUGCUUUGCAUCUACGGCGGUGUUCCCAAAAGAGAUCAGCGACAGGCAAUCAUCCAGACGGGAGUCGACAUGGCCAUCUGCACGCCCGGGCGUUUGCAGGACUUGGUGGAGGAGGAGACUUUGGAUUUGAGCUCGGUGCAGUACCUUGUGCUUGAUGAGGCCGACCGGAUGCUGGAUCUGGGCUUCAUCGACGCAGUCCAAUCAUUGAUCGCGAGAAUGCCCAAGGCUGGAAAGCGCCAGACGUGCAUGUUCAGCGCCACGUGGCCCGCGACAGUGCAUGCCCUUGCGACGAAGUUCCUCAAUGAGCCCAUGCAUGUUGGAAUUGGCAGCGUGGAUGAGGGCAUGGUGGCCAACACCUCAAUUCGGCAAUUCGUAGAGGUGAUCAAGAACGAGAAGGACAAGCCGACCCGCCUUCUUCACCACUUGAAGAAGCACUACAGUCCCCAAAAGAAGGUGAUCAUCUUCGGUCUUUACAAGAAGGAGACAGCCUGGCUGGAAAACUUCCUGUGGGAAAAGGGCUACGAGAAGGUCAUCGCCCUGCAGGGCGAUAUGUCCCAGGAGAAGCGAACGCAGGCCAUCGCAGACUUCAAGGAGACGAAGAAGACCCCGCUGAUCGCCACAGACGUUGCCAGCCGAGGUCUCGAUGUUCAGGAUGUUGAGCUUGUAAUCAACUACACGUUUCCGCUGACGAUUGAGGAUUACGUGCAUCGAAUCGGCCGAACUGGCCGAGCCGGCAAGAAAGGCUUGGCAAUCUGCUUCUUCUGCCCGGAGUCCAAGGGUGCCCAGGACGAGAAGGCCCACGCGGGCGACCUCUGCAAAGUACUCCGUGAUGCCGCACAGGAGGUGCCCAAGGAGCUGGAAAGCAUUGCGGGCACAUCCGGCGGCAACAAGGCCACCAAAAAGAAGGCCCACCCUCUCUUCGGCGCCCACUUCAAGAGCGCGGAACAGAUGGCGGCACUGGAGGCAAAGAAGGUCCACACCACCUUUGAUUCAGAUGAGGACUGA